UUGGGGCUUUUUGUGGUUGAAUAUGAUAUGAUGAUCUAGGCAUUUAUUUUUCUUUUGCCCCUAUCUGUAUAUAACUGUAUACGAGCUAUGCUUCCACUUCUAUCACGGUUGAAUAUUGUCAUUUGGGUGGCCAAAUCAAUUAUCUUUAUUUUUUUCAUGAGGUAUUGCCAUACAUGGUACUUGCUUCUUCAUGGCUUUGGUCAUUAUAUUUAUUGGUUUUGGUAUCAAUCAUAUUUGUUUUAUAUUGAUAAAUUCUUGAUUCUAAUGCAGUAAGAAAUUGCUGGUUUUCUUGCUGAAAGAUUGAGGUUUGAUAGAUAAUGCAGUGUGAGAAAACAUACUUUGCAAUCAAGUUCAAUGAAUGGUAAUCUGAUGGCUGAUCCUGAUUCGAAGUCCUAUUUUCAGUCUGAUAUAUUGGGUUUAAAGCAUAUUAGAAGCUCACUUUUCAAUAUUCCUGGUUUCCUUGUUGGAUUCAGUAUUAAGGGUUCUUCAGAUUCUGAUACAGUGAGGAGCCCUACAUCUCCUCUUGAUUGGAGAGUUUUUGUAAAUUUUAGCAACCCAUUUAGUGUUAGGUGUCCUAGAUCAUCAUCCCAAAGUAGUUAUCAAAAGAAGUGGGACUGCAGUAAGAUAGGUUUGGGCAUUGUGAAUUUGCUUGCUGAUGAAAUUAAACCAGAUGGUGUAGACCUUGAUUCUCCAAAGAAUAUAAUAUUUGGACCACAGGUGAAGACUAAAUUUCCUCAUUCCUCAAGGUAUUCCCAUGAAUUCCUCGGUAAUUAUAUGAAAUCUAAUUCUUUGCCUAGGAAUUACACAAUUUCACAACUUUUUCAAGCUGGAAAAUCCAACACCAAGUCAGUUGAUUCUAGUCUUGUCUUUGGAAAUAAGGAAGUGCCAUUAGAACUCAAACCAGAUUCCAGCUGGCUUUCCCCUUCUUUUGUUGCCUCUACCCAAAAGUCCAAUUUGAGUUCUAGAUGUUUUUGUUUGAAGAAUGGAACCACCGGCAUUAAUAGUUCACCUCUGCAAGUUGGCAGAGCAGUUGAAGUAGAUAAUUCCUUAUUAAGUAAACCGAGUUCACUUCCUAUACCUCUCAGCCAUAGCAUGGGAUCUCUCUCGACAGACAAGAUAGAACUUUCUGAGGAUUAUACUUGUAUAAUUUCUCAUGGUCCAAACCCUAAAACUACUCACAUUUUGGGUGACUGUAUUUUGGAAUGUCACAACAAUGAGUUGACCGAUUUUGACAAAAAAGCAGAACCAGGAACCAAAGUGCCUAAACUCUGUAAGAGCACAGAGACUUCAACCCCUUAUCCCUUUGAUGAGUUUUUGAGCUUUUGUUACUCUUGCAAGAAAAAACUAGAGAAGAAUGAAGACAUUUACAUGAACAGAGGUGAGAAGGCAUUUUGCAGUUUUGAUUGCCGCUCUGAGGAGAUUUUCACGGAAGAGGAAGUGGAGAAAACUUGUAAUAAUUACUCCAAUGGUUCUCCUGAGCAGAGUGAUGAUGAAGAUCUCUUCCUAAUGGGUAUGCCUAUUGACAUAUAAUGGGUUGUAAUUAUGGUUGCUUUUUGCAGGCUUCCAUUCCAAGACUGAUAAAUUUGCUGCAAAGUUUAGUACCUGGAUCAUCUGUUCAUAAAGAGCUGUUUAUGUGAAUCUGUUUGUAGCCAUGGAUGAUCAAUGCAUAAAUAGUGAGUUACGGAUAGCACAGCAUAGAGUUUUAUUCAUAGUCCAGAGACAGAUAUAAUAUUAGACUAUUGUUGCAUUAUAAUUUUGAUUAGAUGAGUUAGUAGUGGCCAAAAACCCCAUCUUAUCAGUUUAUUUUAUCUGUUAUUACCAUUGCUCUUGUGUGAGCUGUUGUAGAAGCCUUUUGAACUCGAAGAACUCAUUGUUGAAUCUUGAAUCUAUGCCGCUUUCAAUCAAGUGAAUGCAUUCUCUUUCAGAUAAUUCUUUUUAGUCUGCAGCUGUCUUUCCUAUUCUGGCAAUAUAUGACAACAAAAUGGGGAUUAA